AUGUCCGUACAGUUGGAAAAGACAUCUUCGAACAAGGUUUUUGAAGGAGAGCUUGCGAAAUAUAGAUUCAAGUCUACUGCUUUAGGCGGGCUCUUUGCAAAUUUUAAUCUUUUCAUUCCGCCGAACGCCAGCGAGACGAUCAAAGUGCCUGUACUGGUAUAUCUAUCGGGCUUGACUUGCACGGAAGACAACGGAGCCCAGAAAGGUUCAUUCUUGGGACCUGCAUCUGCACAAGGGAUUGCUAUUCUCUUUCCUGACACUUCCCCCCGCGGGGCGGCUAUCGAAGGCGAGGACGAUAACUGGGAUUUUGGGACGGGGGCAGGUUUCUACAUCAAUGCAACAGACCCCAAGUAUUCAAAGCAUUAUAACAUGUACACUCACGUAACAUUGGAGCUCCCAGAGAUUAUAGAAGCAGCUGGCCUACCCAUUGACUGGCAACGUCAAUCGAUCUUUGGUCACAGCAUGGGAGGACACGGAGCUCUAACGCUGUAUCUUUCGUCAACCACGAAACAAUACAGAUCUGCGUCUGCCUUUGCUCCAAUCUGUAACCCUACCAAAUGCCCUUGGGGUGAAAAGGCUUUCAGCGGCUAUCUGCAGGGAGGCAUCGAAGAGGCCAAGGGAAAAUAUGACGCAACUGAUCUGAUUUCGGCUUACAAAGAGCCGGACUCACUCCAGCCACAGGGAACCGGUGACAACUUUUACAAGCAAGGCCAACUUCUUCCAGAAAACUUCCUCAAGGCAUCAAGGGACGCUGGUUAUGACGAAUUUCAAGUUCGUGUGAGAAGUCAAGAAGCGUACGAUCACAGCUAUUAUUUCAUUUCGACCUUUGCUGCUGAUCACAUCCACUUCCAUGCCAAUUUCUUGAAAGCAUGA